AACUCUGAAGCUCAUAACCCAUCCGCCACAAUGGACCGACCUGACUAUCACCCUCAGCAGCCACUUGUCCACCACCUUGGCAAGUACCCCUUCAUUUUGGAUGGAUCAUCAACAUCUCAGGAAUUAAAAGCAGAACCAGAUGGCACACCAGAGUCACAAGAGAGCUGUCCCAUCUGUGGAGACAAAGUGUCAGGAUACCACUAUGGACUGCUCACUUGUGAAAGCUGCAAGGGCUUCUUUAAACGCUCAGUGCAGAAUAACAAGUAUUACACCUGUGCAGAACAACGGAGCUGCCCUAUUAACCUUUUGCAGAGGAAACGCUGUCCUUUCUGCCGUUUUCAAAAGUGUUUGGCAGUGGGCAUGAAGAGAGAAGCAGUAAGAGCAGAUCGCAUGAGAGGGGGAAGGAAUAAAUUUGGCCCCCUGUACCGGCGGGACAGGCAAAUAAAACAGCAGAAAGUGUAUCACCAGCCAAACCCUGCUUCCUCCAGGAUGAAAAUGCAAACUAUGCAAACACAACGGCCCACAGCUCCAAAUGACCAUCACGUAUUGAGCAAUCACACAAGUGCAGUGUUGUCCUCAGAUGCUUUAUAUGAGUCCAACAUGUGUACCUCUGGCAUCGGGCCAUCGGGGGCUCCAUCACCUCUGGACUGUACCAUGAACGCAGACAGGGUGUUUUCCCCUCUCUCGCCGCCCUACUCUGGACUGUACCAACGCACCUUCCCCGGAUACCUCCAGGAGAGAGCAGAAACGCCCUAUAGCUACAGCCAAGCUCCGACUAACUAUGUGCACCCAACUUUGGACAAUUCGUUCACAACAAGAAGCCCACCAGCCUCAUCUCCCUGCUCAAAACCAAGCUCAUCCACCCCGCUCUCACAGACUCACAGCCCAACCCUCGAUGAAACGUCACUGGCGACUCUUAGACCCAACCUGCUCAAUCAGCUCCUGGCAGGAGAGCCGGAUGAGAGCCAGCUGUGUGCGAAGGUCCUGGCAAGUCUGCAGAGAGAACAGGCCAACCGGGGCAAGCACGACCGCCUGAAUACAUUCAGCAUCAUGUGCAAAAUGGCAGACCAGACACUGUUUGGGCUUGUGGAGUGGUCUAGGAACAGCGCACUAUUCAAGGAGCUCAAGUUGGAGGACCAGAUGGCGCUGCUCCAGAGUUGUUGGAGUGAGCUACUAGUGCUGGAUCACCUCUGUAGACAGGUGACCUACAGUAAAGAGGGCUGCAUAUACCUGGUCACAGGGCAACAGCCAUCUCUCCUUCUGAUGCAGAUUGAGGUGUCGACCAUCGUCUCUCAAGCAGGAAUGGCACUGAGUAGCCUGGUAUCAAGGACCCAGGACUUAGUAUCCAAAAUGAAGGCAUUUCACCUGGACACACACGAGUUUGUUUGUCUAAAACACUUGGUGCUUUUCAACCCCGAUGUGAAGUCAGUGCAGAGCCGCAAGCAGGUGGAGCAGACACAGCAGAGGGUGAACAGGGCCCUGAUGGAGCACACCCAACAGAGUCAUCCAAGACAGUCAGACAAGUUCGGCCAGCUGUUGCUACGACUUCCUGAAGUACGCAGCAUCAGCUUCCAGCUUGAGGAGUAUUUGUACCAGCGACAUCUUCUGGGAGACUUACCAUGCAACUCUCUGCUCGCAGAGAUGCUGCACACCAAGUACAGCUGAGGAAAUGCAGUGGCAUCUUAGAGGCACAGAGUUUGCUGCUGUGAACUUUGGUACCUUAAAAGGUUUGCCGUUAGGACCCAACUGUGUUUUUUCUAAAAAAAAAAUUUAAAAAAGUAACAAAUGCUUUUUAAAAGCCCUUACCACUUAAAAAACAUGUGAUCCCAGAUCAGCAUUGAAGGGGAAUAUUUUGUAAACACGUGUUCAAGUGCUCAUUAUUAAAAAAGUAUUACCACAGCGAAAAAGUCCCUUUGAGAUACAAGUACAUGACAUUUCAGGCAGGAAACUGAAUUAUGUAAAUAAACAAGAAUUGAAUAAAAGAAACCCAAUUAAAUAUAACCUUGAGUCAAGCAUGAAUUACAAAAAAACACAAUUGUCAAUUGUAUCUGCCAGAAAGGGUCAUUCUUACAGCAUCCAAACUGAUCCACUGCAUUUUCUCAAAAUGAGAAACUGAAAAUGGGAAAAUAAAAUGGAAAUGAGAAAAGAGAA